CUUUCUGUGGGUGUAGUUCUUUCAGUGAUUUUGAUGGGUGAUGGAAAUGAAGUUCAACAGAAGCUAAUUCUCAGAGUUUAGUUCUGAUUUUUAUGGAAAAGAAGGGAUUAUUCAUGCAAAUGGCCAUGAAUAACAGAGCUCUGCCUGCUUUCUUUCAUGCCAUGUUUUGGUUUUUGUCGAGUAUAAGUACAACCCAUGGCACCGCUACUGAUAUUUAUUGCUUGAAGACUGUAAAAGAGUCUAUGGAAGACCCUUUUAACUACCUAAACUCCUCAUGGAAUUUUAACAAUAAUACAGAGGGGUACAUCUGCAAAUUUACCGGCAUCGAGUGCUGGCACCCUGAUGAGAAUAGGGUCUUAAACAUCAGGCUUUCAGACAUGGGGCUGAAGGGCCGCUUCCCCCGGGGUAUUGAGAAUUGCACAAGCUUGACAGGUUUAGAUCUUUCAAGCAACAAGCUCACCGGACCUAUCCCAUCAGAUAUCUCUAAAAGGCUUCCGUAUGUGACAUCACUUGAUCUUUCCUCAAAUGGCUUUAGUGGUGAAAUUCCAUUGAGCCUGGCAAAUUGUACCUAUUUGAAUAUCCUCAAACUUGACAGCAACCGAUUAACUGGUCAGAUCCCUCUGCAACUCGGCUUGCUCAAUCGGAUAAAGACAUUUAGUGUUGCAAAUAAUCUGUUGUCUGGACAAGUUCCUACCUUUGGCAAUGUUACAUUUCAAGCAGAUAACUAUGCAAAUAAUCCAGGACUCUGUGGGAAACCUCUGGAUCCUUGCAAGGUACCUCAAAGUAAAUCUCAUGCUGCAGUAAUUGUUGGAUCGGUAGUUGCGGGAGUGUUUGUUACAUUGUUAGUUGUUGGAGCUGUUCUGAUCUUCUGGUUGGAUAAAAUUCCCAUUAAGAAGAAAGAUGACGACCCUGAAGGAAACAAGUGGGCCAAGAGUAUAAAGGGCGCCAAAGGCAUCAAGGUUUCCAUGUUCGAGAAGUCAGUUUCAAAAAUGAGGUUGAGUGACCUCUUGAAGGCUGCUAACAAUUUCAGCAAAGACAACAUGGUUAGGUCAGGAAGGACAGGGACGAUGUACAAGGCAAUGCUUCCUGAUGGUUCUGCCCUAAUGAUUAAGAGGCUGCAAGACACUCAACGUUCUGAGAAAGAAUUUAUAUCUGAGAUGACUACUCUAGGGAAUGUGAAACACCGUAACUUGGUUCCACUCUUGGGCUUUUGCGUGGCAAAGAAGGAGAGGCUUCUGGUGUAUAAGCAUAUGUCAAAUGGAACCCUCUAUGAUUGUCUUCAUGCGGUGGGACCUGAGGGGAAGGCCAUGGAAUGGCCUCUAAGGCUCAGAAUUGGGAUUGGGGCGGCCAAAGGUCUUGCAUGGCUCCAUCAUAGCUGCAAUCCCCGCAUUAUACAUCGAAACAUAAGCUCCAAAUGUAUCUUACUGGAUGAGGAUUUUGAGCCGAAAAUAUCAGACUUUGGGCUGGCAAGACUCAUGAACCCUAUUGACACUCACUUGAGUACUUUCGUGAAUGGGGAAUUUGGAGACUUGGGCUAUGUUGCUCCCGAGUAUCCGCGGACUCUGGUCGCAACUCCCAAGGGGGAUGUUUACAGUUUUGGAACUGUUCUUCUUGAGUUGGUUACUGGUGAGAAACCUACCCAUGUAGCUAAUGCCCCUGAAAGCUUCAAAGGGAAUUUGGUGGAAUGGGUUUCACAUCUGUCCAGCAAUUCUAGUCUCCAAAAUGCCAUUGAUAAGUCAUUGGUUGGGAAGGGUUUUGAUGGUGAGCUCUUCCAGUUUCUUAAAGUUGCAUGCAAUUGUGUCCUACCAACUCCCAAGGAAAGAUCUACAAUGUUUGAAGUUUACCAGCUUCUUAGAGCUAUUGGUGAGAGAUACCAUUUCACAGUUGAUGAUGAGAUUUUCGUGCCAUCUGACAUGGGUAAUGUUGAUUGCCCUGAUGAGCUUAUUGUCGCUAUGGAGACAGAGUGGCGCUGAGAAGUUGCAGUAAAGCAAAAUGUAGUUUAAGAGGCCAAAUGGUAACAACAUAAUCAAUGCAUAAUGCCUUUGGUUGUAAGCUUUUCAAAAGAGUGCUCAUAUCCUUAUAUUGAUAUUGUGAUUAUUAUUUUUAGCCUUCUUCAGCCGGAAGCCUACUUGUAUAUUUUCUAUUUAACUAGCAGCUUCGUGAGAUUAUCCCUUCUCUU